CGGAAGUGCGGGAGGAACCAUAGAGAGCGGCGCGGAGCGGCGCGGCGCCGGGGAGAGUGGCGCGGAGGUUGGUUGAUGGAGUGUGGAGAUACUGUGGAAAGAAGCACAUUAACCUCCCACAAUGCCGUUUAGUGACUUUGUUGUGGCACUGAAGGACAACCCCUACUUUGGGGCUGGGUUUGGCCUCGUCGGGGUGGGCACAGCCAUGGCACUGGCUCGGAAAGGAGCUCAGUUUGGGCUGGUGGCUUUCAGGCGCCACUAUAUGAUCACCUUGGAGGUGCCCAGCAAGGAUAAGAGCUACCAGUGGCUGCUGAACUGGAUCUCACACCAUGCCAAGCGCACGCAGCACCUGAGUGUUGAGACCUCAUACCUGCAGCAUGAGAGUGGGCGCGUCAGCACCAAGUUUGACUUUGUCCCCAGCCCUGGAAACCAUUUCAUCUGGUAUCAGAGGAAGUGGAUUCGCAUUGAGCGCAACCGGGAGAGGCAGAUGAUUGACCUGAACACAGGAACUGCCUGGGAGUCUGUCACCUUCACAGCACUGGGCACCAACCGGGAGAUCUUCUUCAACAUCCUCCAGGAAGCCCGGGAGUUGGCUUUACAACAGCAGGAGGGGAGAACAAUCAUGUACACAGCUGUCGGAACGGAGUGGCGGCAGUUUGGAUUCCCACGCCGGCGGCGGCCUCUCAGCUCUGUGGUACUGGAGAAAGGUGUGUCAGAGAGGCUGGUUGAGGACGUGAAGGAGUUCAUCGACAACCCGAAGUGGUACAUCGAGAGAGGGAUCCCAUACAGAAGAGGCUACCUGCUAUAUGGUCCUCCUGGCUGUGGAAAGAGCAGCUUCAUUACAGCCCUGGCUGGGGAGCUGCAACACAGUAUCUGCCUACUGAGCCUCAGCGACCGCAGCCUCUCUGAUGACCGACUCAAUUACCUCCUGAGUGUGGCACCACAGCAGAGUAUCAUCCUUCUGGAGGAUGUGGAUGCUGCCUUCAUCAGUCGGGACCUUGCUGCUGAGAACCCUGCUAUGUACCAAGGCAUGGGGCGCCUGACCUUCAGCGGCCUCCUCAACGCCCUGGAUGGCGUGGCCUCCACAGAGGCCAGGAUUGUAUUCAUGACCACCAACUAUGUGGACAGGCUGGACCCAGCCCUGGUGCGGCCUGGACGUGUGGACCUCAAGCAGUAUGUGGGCCACUGCUCCCGAGGACAGCUGGCCCGCAUGUUCCAGCGCUUCUAUCCUGAGCAGCCCCCAGCUGCAGCUGAGCAGUUUGCUGAGCAGGCACUGGCAGUCUCCAAACAGAUCAGCGCUGCCCAGGUACAGGGCCACUUCAUGCUCUACAAGACAGAUCCUGGGGGAGCCAUUGAAAACAUACACUCCAUCCUGCCGUGACCUAAGGUGAGCUCUGCCCUGCCAUGCUGUGAGGCCUGGAGAUAACUGGGACAAGGACUUGGACCAUCCUGGGGAUGCUGUGGAGCUGCCCUGCCACAUGGGCCAGGUCUCUCCCUCUACCUCACCAAGGCCUUGUCUUUUUGUUAAAAUAUAUGGAGUCAGAGCUUCCAGCUCUGCAACAGAGUGAGGGGAUCGGCUCUUACUGCUGCCUAGGUUGCCUAGGCUUGGGUGCUACUAUACAGACCCUGUUCACUGCCCUUGUGCUGGGAUUGUGAGAAGCUGCUGAGGCUUCCAGAUGUGAAACCAUAACUUAUCAAUCUCUUCCUUGGGCUGAUACUCCAAAAGAGAAUUUUGCAGGGGCAGGACAUUGGGGUGAUACACUGCUAAAGAGAGCUGAUGGUCUUUGAAAAGAGAGUGGUCUUCAUUGAUCUGUGAACAGCCUUGUAAGGUAAAGUGCACAACAUGGCUCUUUGCCCUCCAGUCCCAUUGCUUUUGUAUGCAUGCUGACAAGUGUUGGUUUUGUUCUUCUACCUUUUAUUUGUCCCACCACCCACCUGCUAGAGCCCUUCUGACCUCGAUAGAUGGGAGCAGCAUUGCUCCAGACACUUCUCAGGGUUGCUGAGGCCUGGAUCCCUGUUCUGGAGGGAUCCUGGCUUGUCUCCAAGGUGCAGUUCCUGGUAUGUUGAGAAGUGCUAGAAGGAGAGACUGAGCUGAAGGAUCAGUCUGGUCUCUGGCACCUCAGGUCCUGCUGGGAUUAUCUGAUUCUCUGGGAGAUAAUUCAGUAACCGCUUUGAGAAGGGAAUAUGCUUACCCUGCACUGCUGGUUUAUUUCUUCUCUUUCUGUUUGUGGCAGGGCUGCUGUAGGCUUACUUUUUAAAGCUGAUCAAAAUCUGUGCCCCUGAAAAGGGAGCAGGGGAGGGAGUGGUGUGGUCAGUAGUGCAGCCAGGCCAGGCUGGUGUGAAGAGCAGAAAUCCUUUGCUAACAGCCCUGAAAAUGCAGUUCGGAGGAGAGGCCUGAUCCAGCUAGAUUCUGUGCUCCAUCACCAGCACCACCAACCCAAGUCUCCCCCUCCACUACCACCACAAGAGCACAGGAAGCAACUUGUGUCACUUUACUUGCUUUUAAUAGUGUUAAUGUUACAGCCACCAUCAGUGCCUUUCUGCCCAGCCUGAGCACCAUUGCCAGUGUAGCCUCACAACAGCCCUGUGAGGUAGGUCAGUAACAGCACAGCCCCACCUUGGGAGUAGGGAUGUAAGCAAAUGCCAAGUGAGAAGCCUCAGGGCAUGGUGCAGGCUCCAUUUUUCCCUCACUCUAAAUCUUGGACAAACUUUUAGAAAAAGGAACUGAACAUCUGCUGCUUUGAAGUUUCUCAGACAUAGAGCAGGGAGGGCAUAUCACAGCCUUGCUCUUCCCCAGAACACCCCACCAUCCUCUUCAAGUCAGAGUUAAGUGCUGUCUUGACAGCCUGUACCUGCUGUUGCCAAGACUUUUCUGAAUUUAUGUUUGGCCCAAAUUCAUUUCCACACACUAGUGCAGAAUUUCCUCUGCUCCAGGCUAACAGCAAGUGAGUCAGAAAGUUGAGCGCCCACCCUUAAGCCCUUCUCUGGCAAAAACAAACAAACAAACAAAAAAAA